AUGGCGAAAUUACUCGAUGUGCUCAGGGCGUGGAUCGCUUCUCGUGCACGAUUGGCAGGUCUGGGAGGUAUCGUCGCUGCACUGGUCAUCGUACUUCGCUACCGUUAUUCCAAACGGUCGAAGUUGAUUUCUUCCAUCCAUCAAUUGGACGAACAACACUACGACUUCAUCAUAGUUGGCGGAGGUACUUCUGGCUGCGCCCUCGUCUCUCGACUAAGUGAGGAUCCGAAUGUCAAGGUUCUUUUACUCGAAGCUGGUGGAAGCGGGAAAGCUCUCGCUUUGACUCGAAUGCCUUUGGGCUUCGGCUUACUCUUCCGCACGAAUAAACUUUUCAACUUUCAUACUGAACCUCAGAUCUACGCUGCUGGUCAACGGAGAUAUUGGCCUCGUGCAAAAUUGCUGGGAGGAUGCACCCAAAUCAAUGCACAGAUGGCACAGUAUGGCGCGCCUCAAGACUACGACGACUGGGCGGCAAUCACUGACGACCCUUCUUGGUCUUGGAGCCAGUUCUCACAGUACUUCAAGAAGUUAGAAACGUAUAAACGCGACGAGCGAUAUCCCGAGGUCGAUUUAUCUGCGAGAGGAAGUUCCGGUCCUGUUCGAGUCGGAUACUUCAACUAUGCGACUCCGGCGUCAAAGUCGUUCAUCAAGGCUUGUAUGAGCAUCGGUAUACCCUUCACUCCUGACUUCAAUAAGGGAACGAGCACGAUGGGUGUCAGCAGAGUACUCGCCAGGCCGAACCUCACCGUCGCUAUCCACGCUCACGUCACUCGACUCUUGUUCGACACCUCUUCUCAGGCUGAGGGAGGAGAGCCGAGGGUGAUCGGCGUUGAGUAUGGGAAAUUGCGAGAGGGAUUCAGGUAUAAGGUCUUUGUGAGGAAGGAAGUCAUUAUGUCUGCCGGGGCCAUCCAUACACCCCACAUCCUCAUGCUCUCCGGCCUCGGACCCGCCUCCCAUCUCCAAGCCCACAACAUAACUCCCAUCCUCGACAUCCCCUCCAUCGGCCAAAACCUAGUCGACCACCCCGUCAUCGACGCCUACUUCAAAGACAAGCACGACGCCUCGCUCAAAUACAUACGCCCAAAAACGCCCAAGGAGGCCUUCAGCGCCAUUCGCGCCCUCUUUCUCUACACAUUCGGCUACGGCGGUCCACUUACAUCUAACUUGGGUGACGCCGCGGCGUUCGUACGUGUGGACGACCCCGUGGUGUUCCCGACGGAUGUGUAUGGGCCGCCUCUGGCUGUGGAUAGUUCUGCUGGCAGGGGCCCGGAUCUCGAGUUGUAUACUACGCCGUUGGCGUAUAAGGAGCAUGGCCUGAUCAGGUUCGAUAUGCAUACGUUCGGGCUGCAUGCUUGUUUGUUGAGGCCGACGAGUCGGGGGGAGGUGUUGUUGAAGUCGAAGGAUCCGUGGGAGUUGCCUAGUGUUAAUCCGAACUACUUGCAAACUCCGGAGGAUGUUGAGAAACUCGUCCGGGGGAUGAAGAUAUGUCUCCGAAUCGCGCAGACGGAACCGCUGGCCUCGCAUCUUGACCAGGACGAUAAGGACGUUCUCCUGGACCAUCAGCUGCAUCUCAAGACGGACGAGGAGAUCAGGAAGGUCGUGCUCGAGAGGGUAGAGACCUUGUACCAUCCUGCCAGUACGUGCAGAAUGGCUCCGAGAGAUCAGGGAGGCGUUGUCGAUGCGAAAUUGCGGGUAUACGGAGUCAAGGGUCUCAGAGUCUGCGACGCGUCGAUAUUUCCGUUGAUUGUGUCGGGACAUCCGGUUGCGGCAUGCUAUGCGACGGCGGAAAAGCUGGCGGACAUGAUCAAGGAGGAAUAUAGAUCAAGCCCGACAUCCAAAGCAUAA